AUGGUGCUCUCCACAAUAGACGAGAUACCAAUCGAGUUUGAUAAGAAACAGUAUAACGAGCCGACGACGGUCGAUGUCAAGUCCGAGUCUAUCCAGUAUGCGGACGAACCCGUACAGUUGGAGUGGACGGAAGAGGAGGAACAGGUCAUCAAGCGUAAGCUCGACUGGCACACUGUCCCACUGGUGACGACCUUGUACCUUCUCUGCUUUUUGGAUCGAGCGAAUAUCGGAAAUGCCAGGAUCCAGGGCAUGGCCAAGGAUAUCAACCUUGAAGGAUACCGGUUCAACUGGGCCCUGUCAAUAUUCUACAUCAUCUACCUUCUCGUCGAAGUGCCAAGCAACAUUAUUCUUAAACGCGUCGGCCCACGAUUCUACCUGCCAUUCCUUGUCGUUGGGUUUGGUUUAGUCUCACUCUGCACGGCUUUCGUACGCUCAUAUGAAGGACUCAUCGUUGCCCGCGCCUUCCUAGGUAUCUUCGAAGGCGGUGCCAUGCCAGGGUUCUCCUUCUUUCUGAGCAGCUUCUACAAAAGAGAAGAACUCUUGUUCCGGCUGGGAAUCUUCAUUUCAGCAGCGUCAUUAGCUGGCGCAUUCGGUGGCCUGCUUGCCACUGGUCUCUCUCGCAUUCCGGAAUGGGGGUUCGACAGUGCACCUAUCCAUACAUGGAGGAACAUAUUCUUCUUCGAGGGAUUCGUCACAAUGCUCUUCGGAGGUUUCGCACCUCUCUGGAUGCCCACAAGUCCCGCUACCGCUUACUUCCUUGACGAAAGACAACGAGCAAUUGCGGCAGAGCGUCUGCAGCGCCAGCACAAGGCCGAUGUUGAUCAGAAAGUCACUCUUUCCGACGUGAAGCGAGCCGUGUUCUGCAUCCACAACUAUACAUGCGCCUUCGGCUUUUUUCUGAUCAAUAUCACUGUUCAGGGAAUUUCGGUAUUCAUGCCGACCAUUCUUGCCGACUUAGGCUGGACCGCGACGCGAGCACAGCUGUACUCUGUACCGCCCUACGUUGUGGCUGCUAUCACAGCCAUCAUCAUCGCGUGGUUCAGCGACCGAACACGUCAACGCGGUAUAUACCUUGCCGUGUUUUCGAUGAUUGCUGUUAUCGGUUUCGCCAUUUUGCGAUUUGCAACCGAGGCUAACAUCAGAUAUAUGGGCGUAUUCUUCGUCACAGCAGGUGCUUUCCCAGGUGGUCCAGGAUUUUUGAGUUGGGCGAUGAAUAACUCGGGAGGCCCUUCCGUACGCGCAGUAACCAGUGCCUACGUUGUCUCCAUUGGCACCAUGGGUGGAAUCGUUGCGACACGCCCCGAAGCUCUUAUUGGCUUGAAACCAAUCCUUACAGAUACGAUGCGGCUCCUGAACACACGAACGAAGGAACUGCGCGUUUUCGCCCACUCUCGCAUUCCAUAUGCUAUCCUGUCUCAUACUUGGGGCUCGGAAGAAGUCACACUUCAGGACCUGCUCGCCGGAAACGCGUCUAGUCUUGAAGGUUAUACGAAACUGGAUGGGGCUUGUAAUCAGGCAUCGUCGGAUGGGUUUGACUACAUAUGGAUCGACACUUGUUGCAUCGACAAGACAAGUUCAUCUGAGUUGACGGAGGCCAUCAAUUCCAUGUGGGUCUGGUAUCAAAACUCUCGUGUCUGUUAUGCAUACCUUGAAGACGUCACCCAGGAAGAUGUUGAUGUUCUCGGUGGCUACUCUAAGAGCUUCAUGAAUAGUCGGUGGUUCACGCGUGGCUGGACGCUUCAGGAGCUCAUUGCACCUUCCACCGUCAUAUUCUACUCAGAUGACUGGUACGAAAUUGGCACACGAGACCAGAUGCGAGAGCCUCUGGGGAAGAUUACCGGUAUCGACCACAAGUUCUUCGAAUAUGGAAUCCUAGGUCGAUACAGCAUCGCCCAGAGAAUGUCCUGGGCUGCGAAGAGAAAGACUACCAGAGUCGAAGAUCAGGCGUAUUGUCUGCUUGGGUUAUUCGGGGUUAGCAUGCCUCUACUAUACGGCGAAGGUGAAAUGGCGUUCAUCAGACUUCAGGAAGAGAUCAUGAGGCGAACGGAUGACCAGUCAAUAUUUGCCUGGUUGUUGCCUGGACAUUCAGACAGGCCGUCUCGCAACACUGGGUUUCUCGCCAAGUCCCCCUCUUGUUUUGAUCAGUCUGGCAGCGUCACCAGGAUCGAUGCCGACCAUCGCGUGGCACCGUAUUCGUUCACAAAUAGAGGCAUCCAGAUCGAGAUGCCGAUACUAGACCCGAGCAGCUCGAAAUAUGGCUUCUCAUUCAUCCCCGGAGAUAACAAUGAGCAGAUUGGUUCCGCUGCAGGAAUCUCAUUCACUUUCUCUUCAACGAGCACGAUAGCUAUACUCAACUGUAACAAAGCGGGCCGUCAGAUAGGGCUCUAUCUCGAGAGAAAAAACGAUCUUGAGCCAUUCUACAGGUGCAGUCACAAGCUGGGCUUUGUCUCAGUUCCAGAUAAUUGGGUUAAGCAGGCAAGACUUGAGACCAUCCUCGUCAGGGCUGAAGAUCCGGAAGAUAUGGAAUCGCUGUGGGGCAAAGAUUCCGAUGCGCAGCAUAUCGUCGUGGAGUUGCCACAAGAACUGGAUCAUGGGUACUACGACGUGAAGGCAUCCCCGGCGGAUCGUUGGGCCAGUAGUGGCCCCUGUAAGUCGGAACACCCCCAUUCGGCCACCCCAUCAAAAGUAUAUCCAGGCACAUCACUACUAACUAUAGUCAAUUAA